AUGGCGACGACCUUUAAGCAAAAGGCCGAGGAACGGCUGCAGCUGGUGAAGAAAAAGGAAGAGGAUGGCGGCCACAAUGCAGACCCACCUACAAAGCGAGCUUGCACACAGGUCGACAAGCUCAUGAGCAAGAUGGGACCAGGUGACCUUUCUUUGGUGAAGGCUGGUAUGUACUGUGUAGCUGUGUUUGACAAGCCAGAGGACGGAUUGCCAGUCAUGGAGGACUGGAUGGCCACAUUUGAGUCCAUGUUGUUCAGUGGAAUUGACCUUGGACGUGAGUUCUCCCGAGUCAUGGAAUUGGAUGAGGGCAGUCACCCACCUGGCACCAGCACAGAAGAACGCCUGAUGGCGGUCGUGCAUCAGCUCCGCAUGUCCAGUGACGUCUUUGAUGCUCACGCAGACUACGCCUGCAUUUACUCAGCUCUCUUGGUAGAGGCCCGGCAGCUAGCUUCGUUCACGCCUGAAAAAGAGGCUCAGAUCAUGAAGGCCUUUUAUCAGCGGGAUUACAAGUCCGAUGUGGAAGCCAUUGUUGCAUCCAAAUUGGCCACUUGGAAGAUCCAACACUUUGGGCUGUGGGCUGAUGUCGUCGAGACUCCAACUGGCCCGCCGCCGUGUGUGGCAACCGCUGCUGAGUUGGUGGACUUAGAAGAUCAAGCACAAGCUGCGAGGCUUUGUCAGACCUUCAUGACCAAGUGCUGCCGGGUCUCGCUGCUGAUGGAGAAAUGCUUUGCAGACCCGUGUGCUGACACCGUGUUCCGGAAUUUGGCUGCUGCCAAGAAGGAAGUUGCUUGCCUCUCAGCACUGCAUUGUGGAGUGAAGGCACCGCAGGGAGCUGUCGUUCUGCAUCCCACUGCCUACGAUGGUUGCUUGGAGUUGGCAGGGAUGAAGCUGGGCCAUGCGAUUCUGAGUUCCAGUCUCAUUGAAGCGAACUACAAGUGUACCAAUGAGAUUGUGAAGUCUCAUCUUCUGCAGGCAUGGAAAUCCAACCAAGCUCCAAUGGACAAGUACAUGCCCAGGUACAAGAAAGAUCCGUCCCCUGAGGAUCUUCCACAGGGCGCGUCAAAGCCUACGCUCAAGAUCUGCCAGGUGGCAGAGGACAGCAACAAGCUGAUCCUGCCAAAGGACAUCAGGCACCAAUUCCUCUCUUGCCCAAUAUGGGGGCAAGAGUGGCGCGACGUAUUGACCAACUUUGACAAGUCCUGGGGUGCACCUUUGGCAGACACUCCAUCUCCAUCGAAACCAAGUCCGAUGAAGACAGAGACGCCGUCACCAAUCAAGCAGGAGGGGGAUGCAGAGUAUGAUUGGAAGUCUGCCUUCCCGGGUGAACCAGACAUGUUUGAGAAGCUCAAGGAGAAGGUUGGGGGCGCAGAGAAUUUCACUGAAGUGGCAGGGCCAACUUCCACGACUACGUUCAUCAUUGCACCAGGGCCUUCUUUGUAUGUCCAUGCAAAGGAGCCUGUCAAGUUGCCUUGCAACCCUUUGCCUUUCAUCACUCAUGGUUGGGCAGAAGGCUACCAAGUUCGAGGCAAACAAUCAGGGCAAAGCCAUCCCCUGUUCGUUCACUGA